CGGGCGCUGCUGUAUACAGUCUCUCAAGGGAGAGAAAUUGGGAGGCUGUUGGAAGGAAUCGCGCUGAAGCUGAAGGCAGAUUAGAAAUGGCUUUGUUAGACGCCCUCAGCAGACAUUCAAUUCAUUCUCUGUUAGAAUUUGGGGCAGAAAAUGCUCUUCCAGGGUUUGUACGCGAAGUGGGGGCUGCUGAAAUGGAGCAACAAAUGCGUGAAAAUCACAAAGAAAAAUUGAAAAAUAAAAAGGAGAAGCAAAACCGGAUAGAAUUAAGAUCCCCUUUCGAGCUUAGAAUGUUAAAUCUGAAGAUACUCGCUGAACGCCAGCCAAUAUUUGACGAUUCUGCUGAAAGCUUAGCCGUUCAAGGCUCUUCAUUUUUAAAACAUUUUCAUGGCUCUGAACUUGUGGAGGCAAUAGAAACUCAAACAGACGUGGAAAAUUCCCCCGCUGUUUUUGUCCUUUUUUGGGGGACGGAAGGAUCGUUGGGGAAACAUGCUCUGCAUCUCUGGAAACGCUCUGCUUAUAAAUGGAAAAAUAGGGUGAGUAAUUUAAAAUUGUAUUAAUAUUAAUUCCGGAAAGAAAAUGGUAGAAC